AACUUGCCCCAUAUCUCCAAUGGCCUUGUUACCCCCAUCUGAAGACUUUUAUCCGCGUACAUGCAUGAAUAGGCAGCAUCAUCGUUCUAUAUGUGCUCGCUAUGCCUGCCUUACCUCGAUUUAGCUUCCAAAUGAAGAUCCUUGCCACCUACUGGCGACCUUAAAACCAGUCUUAAAUCAACAUUUAUCCAAUGGUACAUUAGGUGCCAACGUUCCGCAAGCACUACCGGCCUUGGUGUGCAGAAGCUGUACGCAAGUCUGAAGAUGAUCAAUUUGACUAGAAUCGAAUAGCCUCGGUUUAACCCCGCAAAAGGAAGGUAAUUCAGGUACACGUCUCUGUGUUUACUCGUUCUCUUAAAAUUUGGCUUUGCCCACCUCUUCCUGCCUACCUUCUUUCUCUUAUCCCUCUCCUUUUGUGCUGCCCUCUUUCACCGUCCACUUUUCAAUCUUCAGGUAUGAAGGUUUCAGCAGUCUUGAUUUCUGCCAUAGCAGCAUCUGCCAAGGCUUCUACCCUUCUGCAAUGUCGUCAAUCGAAUUGGACCAUUGGUCAAACAGUUCAGACGACCAGUGGACCAGUCAACGGACAUGCUGCAUUGAAUGAGUCCCAAGUAUCCGAGUAUUUGGGAAUUCCAUUCGCUAAACCACCCCUUGGAGAAUUAAGAUUCGCCGCACCUGUUGCAUAUAAUGGUACUGCGACUGUCAAUGGUACCAAUUUUGUAAGUCAAACCCUGGAGGAAUUUACUUUUCAACGAAUUGCUGACACCAUUGAUAGGGUUAUAGCUGUCCUGCUCAAGUUACCACGUAUAAUGUUACACUAGUCGAACGGUCGAAUGUUUCUUUGGCAAUAGCAUUACCACUUCUACAAACAGUUGGAACUCCUUCGACGGCACAAAGCGAAGAUUGCUUGACAUUAAAUGUGUGGACGAAGCCACAGACUGGCGACGCCAAGAAAGCCGUAUUAGUAUGGAUCUAUGGAGGCGGUUUCAAUAGCGGGUCUAGUUCCACCCCAUCGAUGAAUGGAAAGCAUAUUGUAGAACAAGAGGAUGUGAUUGUGGUGUCUGUCAAGUAGGUUUUAAAUUGCUCAAACUUCUAAAGCUUUGCUGACCAAGAACUAGCUAUCGAGUUAAUAUUUUUGGCUUUCCAGGAGAUCCAGAUAGUCCCGCGAAUCUCGGACUUCUAGAUCAAAGAUUGGCUGUCGAGUGGGUUCGCGAUAAUAUUGAAAACUUCGGUGGUGAUACAUCCCGCAUCAUUAUAUUCGGACAAUCAGCUGGCUCGGCAUCCGUCGACUUGUACAACUAUGCUUGGGUAAAAGACCCUAUUGUUGCUGGUUUCAUUCCAGAAUCUGGUACAGCUUUGAGUUGGGGCUUGCCAAAUCAGGCAGAAAAUGUUGCUCUAGCUUGGUAUAACGUCACUGAAGCAGUUGGUUGUGGCGGUGCAUCCUCCGGCAAUGUUACUGCUUGCAUGCGCACAAAAAAUACAACGGAAAUUAUAAAUGGCAUAUCUGCCACCUCUGGAUCUGGCGGUAGUUUAGGAAGCUUCGGCCCCACUGUCGAUGAGAUUGUGGUGUUUUCCAACUAUACUGAACGCUCAUUAGCCGGAAAUUUCACCAAAAAGCCACUGCUCAUUGGAAAUAAUGACAAUGAAGCUGGUUUGUACAUCGCCACAAGCUCCUUGCAAGGGUUAAGCUAUCCCGAUUCCUACUGGCAAACCUUCAAUCUCAUCGAUUUUACUUGCCCAACUGCUUAUCGCGCUAAUUAUUCAAUCCAAGCCGAUGUUACCACAUGGCGUUAUCGUUAUUUCGGUUCCUUCCCUGACACAAUGAUCGUUCCAAAUGCAGGUGCAUGGCAUGCCGCAGAAAUUACUCUCCUUUUCGAUACAAAUAUCGCCAACCCUCCCGAGACAACCGAGCAAAUAGCCAUCGGAAAAUACAUGCGUGGAGCCUGGGCUGCAUUUGCCAAGGAUCCCGAAAAUGGCUUGACGAAUUAUGGAUGGCCAAAAUAUGAACCUGAAAAGGAUACACUCAUUAGAUUGGCAUACAAUAAUCAGACGGGUAUAAAUGUUGCCAAUCCGUCGUUAUACGAUGCAGACUGUCCCGUAACAGCCGCUGCUACUACUAGUUCAAAUGGUUCAACGUCUACUUCGACGGGGACCGCGACAAGUAGUUCAGCAGCCGCAACAGUAUCUUCUUCCGGGGCAGGAAGCUUGGAACUUGGUUGUAUGGGAUUGAUGAGUGGGAUGGUAAUUGGAAUAGCUUUCUUAUUUUAAUGUUUUAUUUUAAGUGAAAGGUGUAUAUACUAUAUAGUAGAUAAUCUUCAGGCUGAAAAUAAUUAAUUUACUCUAAGAAUACAAGUCAUGCUUUUAUUGUAACCUUAAUAUGGCAAAUCUAUAUUCAAGAUCAUUCCUCUUCA